UUCUGCUAUAAUCCUUAUCAAUCUUCUACUAUAAUCCUUAUAAAAACAAUCCCUAGAAGAUUGAAGCUGGCACUUCAAUCGUUCCUCAACAAUCUAGACCCUAAUCAGCUACACUUUCUCUCUCUAGUUUUUGCUGGAUUCUGCAUCAUUGUUCCAAAUCAAUGGCCGGAAAAGGGAUGGGUCGGGCAAUCGGAAUAGAUUUGGGGACGACGUACUCGUGUGUCGGAGUGUUUUGUCCAUUCCGCGAACGCGUCGAGAUAAUUGUCAACGAUCAGGGUAAUAACACGACACCAUCCUACGUCGCCUUCAACGACACCGAGCGCCUCAUCGGCGAUGCCGCCAAGUUCCAAGUCCUCGGCAACCCUAUCAACACCAUCUUCGAUGCGAAACGAUUGAUUGGUAGGAAGUUCAGUGAUGCAUCAGUUCAAGGUGAUAUGGAGCACUGGCCAUUCAAGGUCAUUGCUGGUCCCGGUGAUAAGCCAAUGAUUGUGGUAAACUACAAGGGCGAGGAGAAACAGUUCGUUGCUGAAGAGAUCUCAUCCAUGGUUCUCACUAAGAUGCGUGAUAUUGCUGAGGCCUAUCUCGGUUCCAUGGUUAAGAAUGCAGUUGUCACUGUCCCUGCUUAUUUCAAUGACUCUCAGCGUCAGGCCACUAAGGAUGCUGGAGUCAUUGCCGGCCUCAAUGUCAUUCGUAUCAUCAAUGAGCCCACUGCUGCUGCCAUUGCUUACGGUUUUGACAGGAGUGCUGCAAGUGUGGGCGAGAAGAAUGUGCUUGUCAUUGACCUUGGCGGUGGCACUUUUGAUGUUUCUCUUGUCACCAUUAAGGCGACGGGUGUCAUUGAAGUGAAGGCCUCUUCUGGUGACACUCACCUUGGAGGAGUAGACUUUGAUAAUCGCAUGGUGAACCAUUUCGUUCAGGAAUUCAAGAGAAAGCACAACAAAGACAUCAGUGGAAGCACUAGAGCAAUUAUGAGGUUGAGGGCUGCUUGUGAGAGGGCAAAGAGGACUCUUUCAUCAGCUAUCUGGACAACCAUUGAGAUUGAUUCAUUGUAUGAGGGAACUGAUUUCUACCCAAGCAUUACUCGUGCCAAAUUUGAGGACCUAAACAUGGAUUUCUUUAGGGAGUGUGUGGAGAGUGUUGAAAAGUGUUUGAGGGAUGCCAAGAUGGACAAGAGCAGUGUCCACGACGUAGUCCUUGUCGGUGGCUCUACUAGAAUUCCAAAGGUUCAGCAGCUAUUGCAGGACUUCUUCAACGGGAAGGAGUUGUGUAAGAGCAUUCACCCAGAUGAGGCCGUUGCUUAUGGUGCCGCUGUGCAAGAUGCAAUCUUGAGUGGUGAGUACCAGGAGCUGUCGCUGUUGGAUGUAACCCCUCUGUCCCUUGGCAUUGAUGUUAUUGGAGAUGUCAUGUCUCUUGUGGUUCCAAGAAACACUACAAUUCCUACCAAAAAGGACAAGGGUUUCACUACCACUGUGGAUAACCAGUCUAGUAUAUUGUUUCAAGUGUACGAGGGUGAGAGAACAAGAACAAGCGACAACAACUUGUUGGGCAAAUUUGAGCUCUGUGGCAUUCCUCCUGCCCCUAGAGAAGUUCCACAAAUCAACGUCUGUUUUGACAUUGAUGCCAAUGGUAUCUUGAAUGUCUCGGCUGAGGACAAGAGCACUGGUCAAAAGAACAAUAUCACUAUCACUAAUGAAGAGAACAGGUUGUCCAAGAAAAAGAUUAAGAAGAUACUUCAGGAAGCUGAGAAGUACAAGUCUGAAGAUGAGGACUACAAGAAAAGGGCUGAGGCCAAGAAUACUUUGGAGGCUUGUGCGUAUAGGAUGAGGAACACUGUGAAGGAUGAAAAGAUCAGUUCUAAUCUCUCACCGGAAGACAAGAAGAAAAUUGAAGAUGCUAUUGACGAGGCAAUUCAAUGGUUGGAAGGAAACCAGCUUGCAGAGGCAAAUGAGUUUGAGGACAAGAUGAAGGCGAUUGAGAGCAUCGGCAACCCCAUCAUUGCCAAGAUGUACCAAGCUGGUGGCGGACCGGACAUGGCUGGUGGCAUGGCUGAAGAUGGACCCUCGGCCGGUGCAAGUGGUGCAGGCCCUAAGAUUGUGGAGGUUGAUUAAGUAGUUAGUAUUUUUAAACGCUAUUAGGAGAUUAUACUUUAUAUUUUUUGUUGUUUGAUGUUUUGGGUUGUAGUUGUUUUGAGGGAUUUUACUGGUGGGAAGUCUAUUAUUUUCUGGUUGAUGGAUCUAUUUUAAUGGAGACAAGUUUUUCUUUGAUAA